AGCCCGUCGGCUCCAGUAAAUGUCACAGUCAAACACCUGAAAGCCAACUCAGCCGUUGUGACUUGGGAUGUUCUGGAAGAUGAAGUUGUCAUUGGAUUUGCGAUUUCCCAACAGAAGAAGGACGUGCGGAUGCUGCGCUUCAUCCAGGAGGUGAACACCACCACCCGCUCCUGUGCCCUCUGGGACCUAGAGGAGGACACUGAGUACAUUGUGCAUGUCCAGUCCAUCAGCAUCCAAGGCCAGAGCCCUGCCAGUGAGCCAGUCCUCUUCAAGACCCCCAGGGAAGCUGAGAAACUAGCCUCUAAAAAUAAAGAUGAGGUGACCAUGAAGGAGAUGGCGAAGAAAAACCAACAGCUGCGAGCGGGGGAAAUUCUCAUCAUUGUUGUGGUGUUGUUUAUGUGGGCAGGGGUGAUCGCCCUGUUUUGCAGACAGUACGAUAUCAUCAAAGAUAAUGAGCCAAAUAACAGCAAGGAGAAAGUCAAGAGCGCCUCGGAGAACAGCACUCCCGAGCACCAGAGCGGAGGGCUCCUCCGCAGCAAGUUUCCAAAAAACAAGCCCUCAGUGAAUAUCAUUGAAGCGUGACAGCCUGCCACCUGAUAGAUGGACUCCAUUCCUCACUCUCACUUUCUGCCUCUGAGCCUUGAUGACUAGGGAGGUGAAAUAUUGUUGGAGCAAUUUGG